ACUCCCAUUAACUUCUUCUAAUUUUAUUCUCUGUCCAAUAUUCUCUCACAUCCUCUCUCUCAUUCCUCAGCCCUUAUAGACACAUUAUUUGUGGCACCCAUCCCCCUCUCUCUCUCAAUUCACAUUCAGUCUUUUUUUUUAGAUUGGUGGCAAUUUAUCGCCGGAAAAUCUCAUGGGUGAAGUUCCGGGAACUCGACACGUGGUUCUAGUUCAUGGGGUUUGUCAUGGUGCUUGGUGUUGGUACAAAAUUGCCUCUCUUUUGAAGAAUUCAGGCUUCAAAGUCACCGCAGUCGACCUCGGUGGUGCUGGAAUAAAUCCCAAAAAUGCGGACUCUAUUGUUUCAUUCGAAGAGUACAAUAAGCCCCUUAUUGAUCUCAUAUUGACAAUCCCUGAGGAUGAAAAGAUAAUAUUGGUUGGGCAUAGUGCUGGUGGGUUGAGCUUAACCCAUGCCACUCAUGUUUUUGGGAAGAGUAAAAUAAGUCUUUGUAUAUACAUCACAGCUGCCAUGUUGAGAAACGGCUUCAAGACUGAUGAAGAUCUCCAAUCCGCUCCGAGCAUGGCAGAUGUGGCCGACUUCAAAUUUGGGCUUGGGCAGGAUCAGCCUCCGACGAGCGUCAUUUUUAAGCCUGAAUUACUACGAAAAAGUCUAUAUCAAUGCAGCCCAGAAGAGGACUGCACCUUGGCAUCCAUGCUCCUGAAGCCAGGGCCACUGAUGGCUUUACUCACAGCAAAAUUUGAAGGGGAAAAUUCAGGGGAGGUUGAUAAGGUCAACCGUGUUUAUAUAAAGACUACAAAAGAUGAAGUUUUGAAGCUAGAAAACCAAGAACUGCUAAUUAAAAAAUGGCCACCAAAUGAGGUCAUGUCCAUUGAUACUGACCAUAGUCCAUUUUUCUCUAAACCCAAAGAAUUACACAACUUGUUGAUCAAGGCCUCCACUAUGUAUUGUGACUAAGAUACUCAAUGAAGGGUUUGUGUGUUUUGUUUAUUUAUUUCUUGAUGUUGAUCAAAUAAACUCACAUUAAGAGUAAUGAAUUUGGUUACUAUUAUAUGGUAGGGAGUGGAUUAAGAUUGUUGAGGAUUGGGAUUAUGUAAGUAGAAAGGGGGCCUAGGGGUCUC